GGGAGUUGGGCGGAGUCAGGCACUGCCAAGAUGGCGACGUCCAGAGCGGAGUAUUUUGAGCUUCAAAUCCACUCUUCAGAAACGGACGGAUGACGUCACGGUGACUACGUCCAUACAGUCUAUGGUAUAGACGACUCAUUGUAAGGGAGCUGCUCAGUGAAAAGGUUUUCUUAAAGGAGUCAGGUCCAGGUGACAGAGGGAUUAUGUUUGAAGAUCUCUUCCAGUCCUCCACUUCAGUCUCCCUUUUGGUGGCCAUCGUGGGCCUGCUGGUCCUCCAUCUUUUCUACUCCAGCUUCAGCUCCCAGGACAAUAAGAGGGAGCCUCCAGGACCUAAACCUCUUCCCCUGCUCGGCAACUUGCUUCAUGUGGAUCUCAAGCAACUCGACAGCUCUCUUCUUAAUCUGUCCAAAAAAUAUGGACCAGUGUUCACAGUCUACUUUGGACGGAAGAAGGUGGUGGUCCUGGCAGGAUACAGGACAGUCAAACAGGCUCUGAUCAACCACGCUGAGGAGUUUGGAGACCGAGCGGUCACUCCUAUAUUCUAUGAUUUCAACAAAGAACAUGGCAUAAUAUUUUCCAAUGGUGACUCGUGGAAAGAAAUGAGGCGUUUUGCUCUAACCACAAUGAGAGAUUUUGGGAUGGGCAAAAGGAUUAGUGAAGGGAAAAUCAUUGAGGAAUGUCGCUACCUGAUUGAAGAAUUUGAACAACAUGAAGGUAAAGCCUUCGACAACUCCCACACAAUAAACUAUGCUGCUUCAAAUAUUAUAUCAGCCAUCAUGUUUGGAAAGAGGUUUGAGUACAAAGAUCCUGUCUUCCAAGUUAUGUUGAAGAGAGACCACGAGACUAUCCGUCUGACUGGAUCAGCAUCCAUCCAGAUAUACAAUGUGUUUCCUUGGCUUGGCCCUUGUCUUCAAAACUGGAGGGUGUUGAUGAAGAAUGUGGAAGACAACAAGGAGGAAAUAAAAAGCAAAGUAGCUGAGCUGAAGGAGACUCUGAACUCUGAGAUGUGCAGAUGCUUUGUAGAUGCAUUUCUCAUCCGUAAGAUGAAUCUGGAGGAGUCUGAAAUCAAAGAUUCGCACUAUCAUGAUGACAACCUUCUCUACAGUGUGAUGAAUCUGUUUGCAGCUGGGACUGAUACGAUGGGAUAUACACUUCAGUGGUGCCUCCUGUUUAUGGCAAAGUACCCGCAUUUUCAAGACCGGGUCCAGGAGGAGCUGGACAGGGUGGUUGGAAGCCGUCAGGUUGGAGUAGAGGACAGGAAGAACCUGCCGUACACUGAUGCUGUCAUUCAUGAGUCACAAAGACUGGCUAACAUCGUCCCGUUGGCUAUUCCUCACAAAACCAGCCAAGACAUCACCUUCCAGGGCUACUUUAUCAAAGAGGGAACUACUGUGUUUCCUCUUCUUACUUCUGUCCUGUAUGAUGAGAGCGAAUGGGAGACCCCACACACUUUCAACCCUUCCCACUUCCUGGAUAAGGAGGGUAAAUUUAUCAGGAGAGACGCCUUCAUGCCCUUUUCUGCAGGUCGCAGGGUGUGUCUGGGAGAGAGUCUGGCCAGAAUGGAGCUGUUUCUCUUCUUCACCUCUCUCCUUCAGCGCUUUCGCUUCACUCCUCCACCUGGAGUCACAGAGGAUGAACUGGAUCUCACACCAGUUGUGGGCUUCACCCUCGGCCCUUCACCUCAUGAGCUGUGUGCCGUCAGUCGCCAGUGAGGACGAGAGCUGGAACUUGAUUAUCGUUUCUGUGUAUUUAUUCCACAAAAGGAGCAGAAACUUUCUCCAUGCAACUUGUGGUCACUCCAGCACCCAUGAUGUGGGAUGGGAUGUUGUGUAAGAAUGUUGUGUCGAUAUUUCACCAGUUAACAACAUGUUGCUAUAUCGUUUCAAACAGGAGCAGUUUGGAAGUGUUUUGAAAUGCAUGUCAUUUAAAUGUGACAAAGGGGUCAUAAAAGGUAAGAUGAGAAAAACAUGAGACCAAAGGAAAAGAGAAAUAAAUAAUAAGACAAAACAGUUGUUGUGGUGUCUGUUACAGAGAGACUACUGUGUAUGUUGGUUAGCAAUAAAGCCGAAUAUUAGGGUACAGAUCUAAAUGUGUUGAGUUGCAGAAAUUCAGUCAUGCUCCGUUUGCUCUGAUGAAGUCCAGUUAUGUUGCAGUAAAAGACUGGCCCAUUAGAGGGCAGUGUUAGCUCUCUUCUAUUACCAGAAUAUCUACAGCAGUUGUUGUGCAGGCUGUGUUAUAGACUUCUAGUAUAACCAGGUACUCAUUAUGCAGUCUGUUUGCUCCUUGGCUUAUGUUUAUUGUUUGAAGUUAUUAAUGUCAUUUAUAUAUGUAAAGUUUGUAGAUUUUUCCUGCCCAUAUUUGGAGGAUUCUGUACACUGCACAUCCCUGAGUAAACACCGAU